GGCCGCGGGCCAGGAGGGGAGGGUCCGGCCUUGCCCCGCCGGCGUCCAUUGGCGGCUUCCCCCGUCUCCGUGCGGCAUGCCGCACGCCGGCUGAGCCGGAGCCCGCAGGUGUCGGCGGGUGCGCCCCGCCUGCUUGGGGAGGGGGUCUCGCACUCGCCAUGCUGCGCGGGCCUGGUGCCCCGGCUCCGGACGCUGGGCAGCCCCCAAACGGGGUGUCAGCGAUGAGCCCCACCGAGCUGUGGCCGCCCGGGCUCAGCAGCCCCCAGCUCUGCCCGGCCACCACCGCCUACUACACCGCGCUGUACCCGCAGACGGUGCCUCCGGCUGCGGCUCCCGGCACCUGCCUGGACGCCACCCCGCAUGGACCCGAGGGCCAGCCUGUUCACUGCGUGCUCACGGGCCGCCUGCCGGCCAAGAGAAAGCUGGACUUGGAAGGCCUUGGGAGGCCUGCAGUCCCUGAGUUCCGAAUGCCCAAGGGGAAGAACAUCCGAGUGGAGGGGCUGCCCAGCCCCAAGACCCCCAAGUCCCCCGGGGAGAAGACGCGAUAUGACACAUCUCUGGGGCUGCUCACCAAGAAGUUCAUUUACCUCCUGAGUGAAUCUAACGAUGGAGUCCUGGACCUGAACUGGGCGGCCGAGGCGCUGGAUGUGCAGAAGCGCCGCAUCUACGAUAUCACCAAUGUGCUAGAGGGCAUCCAGCUCAUCCGCAAGAAGUCCAAGAACAACAUCCAGUGGGUAGGCAGGGCGCUAUCUGAAGUCCCCAGCCGGCCCGGGCAACAGCAGCAGCUGCAACAGGAGUUGGAGGAGCUGACGAGCACGGAGCAGGCGCUGGACCAGCUCAUCCAAAGCUGUUCUCAGCACCUGAAGGAGCUGACAGAGGACAAGGCCAACAAGAGACUGGCCUAUGUGACAUACCAGGACAUCCGUGCUGUGGACAACUUUAAGGAGCAGACGGUGAUCGCUGUCAAGGCGCCUCCACUGACAAGGCUGGAAGUGCCUGAGAAGGUUGAGGACAAUCUGCAGAUACGUCUCAAGAGCAUCCAGGGGCCCAUCGAAGUGUACCUGUGCCCGGAGGAGGUUCAGGAACCAGACAGUCCUGUCAAGGAACUUCUCCUUUCCAGCUCUUCCCUCAGCCCCAGCCGUAGCCCCAACUCCACCCAGCCCAGCAGUACCACCAGCCCUGGCAUUGCAGAACCUGCAGCACCCUCAGUCCCUUCGCCAGCACCAAUUCCCCAGCAGGAUGUGCCGCUGCCACCAUCACCACCGCCACCACCACCACUGCCGGCCCUUGUCCCCUUGGAGGCCGCUGACAGCCUGUUGGAGCUGUCGCACCCACUGCUGCAGCAGACCGAGGACCAGUUCCUGGCCCCAGACCUCACCUGCAGCUCUCCGCUCAUCAGCUUCUCCCCACCCAUGGACCAGGAUGACUACUUGUGGAGCCUGGAUGGGGGUGAGGGCAUCAGUGACCUCUUCGACACCUAUGCCCUUGGGGAUCUACUGAUUAACUGAGGGGCCCACCCUGGUGGCCCACCCGUCUCUACCUCCUCACAUCAGACUGACGGGCCCCCUCCCGCCCGCACGGGCACAGCCUCUUGGGAGGUGUGAUGUGGCAGCUGGGGGGUGAAGUGGGCACAGGGGGUGGGAUCUGUCCUUCCUGAGGGAGGCGUGGACUUCUGACCUCUGACCUCACGAGGGAUGACAGGUGAAACCCCCACUGCCACCCUUGUAUUUAUUUCAGGUUGAGUUUGAUUGUCAUCCCUGGGUUUUAGCAGGGAGAGUGUUUAGGUUCUGGCAGCACCUGUCCUCAAACAGGCUCUUCCUGGAGCUCGAGCCACCUCGCUAUUUCUCCCCCCACCCCCCGUGUUGGGGACCAGGAUUCAGGACUGCAGCCCGGCUGCCAGGACACUGAUGGCACUUAGACCUGGCGAACCUCAUGAGUGCCAAGCCCCAGUCUGGGGUUUCAGGGACCACCCCCUGACAAGGCGCUGAGGUGCCUGUUGAAGUGGGAAGAGCCAGUUAAGGAGCCCCAUUCCUAUGGAGUUCCUCUCACCUGCUCCCUUCUCACUCCUUCCCACUCCCCUUUGAAAGCCCCCUCCAGAGACCUCUCCUCCCGAUCUGCCUGGGCCAGUGGCCACUUUACACCGAGGACCUGGAGGAAGAGGCAGGGCCACCAUGAAGCCAGCAGCUGCCAGGGAGGAUCUGGGGCUUCCAUGUGUGUGAGGGGGAUGACUCCCCUUCCCCAGCCCACACCCAGACCCCCAAGAGCAGAGAUGGCAUGAUGGUCUUCGCUCCUGUGGUCCCUGGAAUGCCUGUUAGGUGAUAGGGAGGGGUGUGCCCUGCAGACCAGGCUGUGGGAGGUAACAGGGAGGCAGGCUCUUGGCACCUUUUCGGGGCAAGGGGCCUCUGAAGGAAGUCCUGGUUGGUCCUUGUCCCCUGCCCCCACCUCCAGGCUGGUGGGACCACCCUGUCCCUGUGGUCCAACUGAGGGCAGCAGGGCGCUCAGGGCUGAGCCAAGGCUGUACCUUCUGGUGAGUGCCAGUCAGAGGUGGUGGUCCAGGAGGCCCACCACCCACCCUCAGGGAUGCGGGAUUCCCCCAGCACUCAGCUGGGCAGCACUUUUGUUGUGUGAAGUUUGUAGCAUUAAUAUGGUUUCAAUGAAGUGGGCACCACAGGGUAGCUCCUGAGUUGACUGACAGCCACUAAAGUGGCAGCCGAUGCCCAGCUGCAGGUGGCGGGGGUGGGCAGUCUUGUUUGCCUUGUUAGUGGCUUCACCCCCUGGGUGCCCAAGUUUGCCUCCUCCCAGGAGGGUCUGCAGGUCUCAGCCGUCCCUGCUGUGCCAACAGGACUGAUUGUCUCAGCUUUACCGCAGUGCCUCAACCUCUCCCGGCCCCUGCAGAUCCAGCUUACCCAGGAGACAGGUGCAGCUUGCCAUUUCAUCUGGGGCCGUGGGACUGCAGGUGGCAGUACUGUCCAGUGGACAAAGUCCAUCUCUGAGAACAGAGGUGUUAAAAGCUUCUCGCCUUGGGCUCUGGCUGGAACUUUUGCCUUCAACCAAAUUAGAGGAGAGGGCUGUGGAUCCCAUUGGGAGAAGUUUAAUGCCCAAGUGUGGUGAAGUUCAAGCUCAUUGCCCAUGUGCCUUGACCAGCCUCUGGGCUAAACACAGCAGCUGCCUCUACCCUCCUGGGCAGCAAGCACCCUGCCUGGCUGAGGGCCCGCAUAUCCUCAGCCACACUCGGGCUCAGUGUGGGAAAUAAGUGGGGCCUCCUGGCCGGGCCACUGUUAGCCUCCCGGGUCACAUGCGCACUAUGACGGCUGUGUUUCGAGCAGGGGUUCCCUUUGUGUGUGUGGAGGGGGCGUGCCAUGUAAACUGAACUGGGGCUGCAGGAAAGCCAGGUUCUUUCUGAAGAAAAUGACUCCUGUUAGGAAAUUUCUCAGCCCCAUUGGCAGCCUCUGUGUCCUGAGGGGCCCCAGGGAAGCCAGUAGCAUUAAAUCUAAGAUGGCGAUCUGGCCUGCUCUGAGUGCCUCCACCAGCUGCUGGGGGCUCCCCAAGCAGAGCGCUGGGAGGAGGAGGGAGUAGAGCUUGGAAUGGGAGAAUGGACUUGACGUCACAGCCUAACCCCGGUGUGUGAAGCCUCAGUUCUGCAAGUAUUUAGCUUAGUGAGAGCUUGCACAUUCCAGCCUGUGUGGCUUAGCGCGUUUGUUUGGAAGCAGCUUUCUGGUCCUUGUUGUAUCCUGAGGUCCCUUCUGGGACCCUAUUUCCCACAAGCAACUUUGGGACCAUGGCAGUCAGCCUGGUCAGCUUGCUGGCUGUUAGGUGGGAAGAGGUUGGAAGUGUUAGCACAUUUGUUUUGGGUAAGUUGGGCCAAGGGAGCCAGGGUUCCGGGCCGGGCCUCCAUACGGGUCAUUUACAUCCUGCCUGGCUUCACCCUGGAUCCUGCCUUGCCAAGCCCUAAGAAGCCUUGUGUUGUGAUUUAAAAAAAAAAAAAAAAAGCAUUAAAUGUUAA